GCCAAAACAAAAAAUUCAUUGGAAAAGUCAUGUUUAUGGCUGCUGUUGGCAGGCCACAGGUUUCAGUUGAAGGUGAGAUAAUAUGGGAUGGCAAAAUUGGGAUUUUCCCAUUCACAGAGGUGAUAUAUGCACAAAGAAAUUCGGCUAAUAGAGUAGCCGGCACCCCGGAAACAAAAGCAAUUCAAAGUGUGACCAAAGAAGUAAUCAGGUCAAAAAUGAUUGAUACAUUACUGCCAGCAAUAAGGGAAAAAUGGCCAUCAUAUGCAUGCAAAGAUAUAUGGAUUCAACAAGAUAAUGCUAGGCCUCAUAUUAGUGUGCAUGAUGAAAUAUUCAUUGAGGCUGCAACUUCUUUUGGGUUCAAUAUCAGAUUGAUUUGCCAGCCAGCUCAAAGUCCUGAUUUUAAUGUGCUUGACCUUGGUUUUUUUAGAGGUUGGGGGAACUACCCAUUCAGAUUGGCAUUCCAUCUACUCUCAUUGAAGAUACCACAAGCUAUCUCUUGGAGGGUGAGAUAAUAGACAUGACAGUGGAUGUAGGUGCAAAUAUCACUUGAGCAUGAAGACAUCUUUGGUUUUUUGCUAGUGAAGGCAGCAUUAAUUAUUGCUAUUGAA